GUUUCCGGCUGUGUCCUGGGGCGUCUGGACGUUUUGACUUCCGAGACGCUCUAUGCACGUGGAGAGUAGGGUGGGCUUUGCCACUCUGCCCUCGCAGCCCACAUGUUCGAGGAGCCUGAAUGGGCCGGGGCGGCCCCAGUAGCCGCAGGCCUUCGGCUGGUAACCCCACAGACUCGGCCAGCGGCAGCCUCGCAAAUCAAGGGUUCCAAGCGCCGCCAGCUUUUGGCCACAUUACGGACCCUAGAAGCAGCAUCUCUUUCCCAGCAACCCCCUGGUAGCCCACCUGGCAGUGACUAUGAGGAGGAGGAAGUUGUAGAACAGAAGAAACAACUGCCAAAGGCCUUGUUUGCCAAUUCCUCUGCUAAAGGAGGGGAAAAAAGGAAGAAAAAACGUCCAAAACAGGGCCCACCUUGCAGUGAUUCUGAGGACAAGGAAUUAGAAAGGAAGAAGUGUCACAAAGAAGUUUUUGACAAAGAUUCUGCUGAAGAGAAGAGAAAGAGGAAACACCAAAAACAGACUUCUUCAAACCCAACCCAACACCUGGACAGUGUUGACCAAACAGACCACGAAGCCUGGAAGAGUAGUGCUACAAAUAACCUGCCCAAGCCAAGCCUUGGGUCUCCUUCUCCUAAACACCCGCGUACCUUGAGCCGCAAGCAGUGGCGGAAUCGGCAAAAGAAUAAGCGGAAACACAAGAACAAAUUUCGUCCACCUCCAGCACCAGACAAGCUUCCUGCCAAGGACUCCACAGAGGACACAGAGGUGCCUCCUGCCCCCACGCCAAACAGCCAAGAGACUCGGGCAGGAGCCCUACGAGCCCGCAUGGCCCAGCGGCUGGAUGGCGCCCGAUUUCGCUACCUCAAUGAACAGCUGUACUCGGGGCCCAGCAGUGCUGCACAGCGUCUCUUUCAGGAAGACCCUGAGGCUUUCUUUCUCUACCAUCGUGGCUUCCAAAGCCAAGUGAAGAAGUGGCCACUGCAGCCAGUAGACCGCAUUGCCAGGGAUCUUCGCCAGCGGCCUGCAUCCCUAGUGGUGGCUGACUUUGGAUGUGGAGAUUGCCGUCUGGCUUCAAGUAUCCGGAACCCUGUGCACUGCUUUGACUUGGCCUCUCUAGAUCCCAGGGUCACUGUGUGUGACAUGGCCCAGGUGCCUCUGGAGGAUAAAUCUGUGGAUGUGGCUGUAUUUUGCCUUUCACUGAUGGGAACCAACAUCAGGGACUUCCUGGAGGAGGCAAAUCGGGUAUUGAAGCCAGGGGGUCUUCUGAAAGUGGCUGAGGUUAGCAGCCGCUUUGAGGAUGUUCGGGCCUUUCUGGGGGCUGUGACCAAACUGGGCUUCAAGGUCAUCUCCAAGGACCUGAGGAACAGUCACUUCUUCUUGUUUGAUUUUGAAAAGACUGGGCCCCCUCGGGUAGGGCCCAAGGCUCAACUUUUAGGCCUGAAACUUCAACCAUGCCUCUACAAGCGCAGGUGACCUCUGGACACUCCCUGAAAGGGGAGGCAGGUUCAGAACUCUCAAGACUGAAUCCAGCCAAGCUGUGAGCCACGACCUAGUAUUGCCUUCCCUCUGUCCCAAGAACAAAGUAUGAUAAAACCCCUGUCACAGCUCUAAGUGAAGUCUUCUCAGUUACAAGGAACAUAACAUCCCUUGGGCAAGCUAAAGAAUAAGAAAUUUGCUGUGAGAAAAGGAAGAUAUCUGAGGAAUAUAGAUCUUUAGACCUCAUGAAAACUAGUUGGUUUGGAAUUGAAGGUUCUCUGGAUUUGGCUCUUCUUUCCAUCUCAGAAGGCACUUGGGCUUUUUGUCCUGAUCUCUCCACUGUGCUCUUUUCUGAUCUGUACUGACCAGCCUCUGCUCACUUCUGUCCUCUCAGCUUUAGUCUGCCAAGGCCUUCAAGACUGCAGACAGGUAGCCUGUCUGUCAUGGCAAUUACAAUCUUGGCCUACUAUUUACAGCUGGAAGUCAUGUAGUCUCUGAUUAUCACAUUUCUCUCUUGGAAAAUGCUAAAAUUUCUGUCUUACAGCAUUGUUGUCUGGGUUAACUGAGGAGGUCUAUAGCCAGGACUGGAAACAUAGAAGGUGCUCAAUAAACUAACUCUAUUAUA